AGAAUAAUCAAAAUGUAAAUAAAUAAAUAAAAAUAAUAAACAAAUUUGAGUAAAAUUGUUGUCUGAAAAAUGUCUUUGGUAGCUGAUUACGGUAGUGAUUCAGACGAAUCAGACGUUUCCGAAAAAGACAUAAAAAUAAAACCAGAACCGUCUUCGUCCUCCGAAGAAGAAACCGUAAACGAAAAAAAACCGCUCCCAAACGUCAAACUACCGCCCCCACUUUUUUCAAAAACCCCGCCCGACGCCCACUCGUCCGUUUUCGUCAACCGUUACCUCGAGGCGGAAAACGCCGAGGCGGCCAUUUUACAAAAACACGUGAAAAUGAUCAGCGCGCACGAUCCGGUCCUGAUAAACGGCAAGAAAAUCUGCUGGAACCACCGCAAGGGGCGCUGUAGGUUCGGGCAUCAGUGCAAGUUCGCGCACGACUCGGACCUGCGCAAAAGCGCCGACCAAUUGAGCAAUGAAACCGAGCAGGCGCGAGCCGAAAGUGUCAUCUGUCAUUUUGAAGGAACGAAUCACGGGGUACCAAUUGGGGGUAAGAGAAAAAGGCCCGGACUCAGUCAGAAUUUGGUGCCGGGCAAGAAAGUUAUGAAGCAAUAUUUGAUGAAUAAAAGUUGAAUUGUUUUUUUUUUUUUUUUUUGUUUUUUUUUUAAUCUUCAGUCGUCAUCUAAAACGAUGAUUUCCGGCUUUUUCUCAAUAAUCACUACGUCAUCGUCGCUGCCGCUUUCAUCAAAAUCCAUUGGAGGCAAAUUCUGAAGCAAGUUCUGAUCCUCCUCCUCCUCUUUCUGAGGCUCCUUUUGACGUUCCAAAAACUGAUCCGCCGUCAUGUCAAAGCUGUUUCCGAGCAAAUACUCGUUGCUCAGAACGACUUCUUUUUCCUUAUCAUCCAGGUUGGGGGGGACGAAUUUUUCGAUUCCGUCAAGAAUUGAGGGGGCGAGUUCGAUUUUCGCGCCGUUCUGAGCCGGUUUUUUGCGGCUUCUGGUGCUCGCCGGGCUCAGACCGUUGGUUUUUCUGAUCUCGUUCUGGUGCACGAAGUUUGCGGGGUCGAUUUGGACUUCGAGCUUGGCGGAAGCGUCGUCGUCCACGGCGGCGGGGGAGAAUUUUUUUUUCGGUUUGCGACCUCUUCGAC